AUGGGUUUCUUGAAGACAUUUGCCGCUACUGCGGUGCUGUCCGCCCUUAUCCCUAAUGCCGUUGCUCUCAAUGCGGAUUCGAAAUCUAAUGUAGCUGUCUACUAUGGCCAAGGUGCUUAUCAGCCCCGUUUGAGUCACUUCUGCCAGGAGACUUCUCUGGAUAUCAUCAAUAUUGGGUUCAUCAACGUCUUUCCCAAAGCUGUGGGUGAUUGGCCAGGCUCCAAUUUUGGCAACCAGUGUGAUGGAAAUGUUUAUGAGGACACUGAGCUUCUCAGUGGCUGCCACCAGAUAAUAGAUGAUAUUCCCAUCUGCAAGGAGCUUGGGAAAACGGUGAUGUUGUCGCUUGGUGGUGAGACUGCCUAUGAAGAUAUUCCCAAUGAUGAGGUUGCCGAAUGGUUUGCCGAUUUUCUGUGGUAUUCCUUCGGUCCCCCUGGCCAAAAUGAUACUUUCCCUCGUCCAUUCCUUGACAACCAAGUUGACGGAUUUGAUUUCGAUAUUGAACAUAAUGGUGGAAAUGGCUAUGCCACGAUGAUCAAACGCCUUCGCAGCCACUACGCCGACUUCCCAGACGAGACCUUCUACAUCUCUGGCGCACCACAAUGCCAGCUUCCCGAUCUCCAGCUUAGUGACGCUAUCGCCAACUCCGAUUUUGACUUCAUCUGGGUUCAGUGGUACAAUACAGGCAGUUGUUCGGCGACAAACUUCUUGGAGGGUAAUGGUGACUUCAAUUUCGUUGAAUGGGCCGCGAAAAUCCAAGCCAGUGCCAACCCAGACGCGAAACUCUUCAUCGGACUGCCAGCCUCUGAGAAGGCUGCCGUCGAUGGCUUUUACAUGAGCCCGGAGGAGGUCUACCCUCUUGUGGAUUUCUACAUGAACCUUUACCCCGAUACAUUUGGCGGUAUCAUGCUUUGGGAAGCCACGGCAUCUGAUAACAAUACGAUCGAUGGUCACAACUAUGCCCAGCAUAUGAAACACAUCCUUCGUGAAUGUGAUCCAUCCCCACCCCCACUGCCGACUUCCACCAUCUUCGUGACGCCGACUCCAAAGCCUACCGUGACUUCUUCAACUCCCUCUAGCCCGGCGGUGCAGACAAGCUCUCAGACACCCUCGUCUGCCCCUGCGUCAUCAAGUCAACCAGCCCCCUCGAGCACCUAUGUCGCAUCUUCCACCGUGUCUCCUUCGUCCUCGCUGGCUAGCUCUGUUACGCCAACGAUUAGUUCAUCCAGUGCUGCACACCCAAGUACCCCGGCGGCGUCUUCGAGCUCGGUGAUUGGGUCUUCGAGCAGCCCGGCCACCUCUCCUUCGUCAUCGCUGGCUAGUUCUGUUACCCCAACGAUUGGUUCAUCUAGCGUUCCACACUCCAGCAUCCCAACAGCGUCUUCGAACUCGGUGACCGGCUCUUCCAGCAGCCCGGCCGCCUCUCAUUCGGCCUCGCCCAGUCCAACUGGCGAGAGCUCUACUCAGACUCCAGUUUCAAGUCACAGUCAUCCGGUUUCUUCCAACACUCCUGGCUCCGAGAAGCCCUCCACCAAGCCAACUGCUAGCGAAACUCCAUGCUCAACUGAAACCGUUAUUCCCACCCACUCCGGCACAUCCUCGGGCCCUGCUAGCCACUCAAGCUCCCCCUCGCCAGGAAAGUCAACUCAUACCUCGGGAACAAUCAAAACUUCAGUUACGCCAUCCGGGGUGUCGCCAAUUGAAACAUCUACUUCCACUGUGUCAAGUGGACACUCCACUACUUCAGAAUCGCUCAGCAGUACUACCACUGGUUCUAGCUCGUCGUCAGCUUCUCGUACUGCGUCACGAACUAUUACUCGCACUCCGGUCUCCAGCCCACCAAGCUCCACUGGCACUCAUCUGAGCCCUUCGGGUGAUUCUUCGCAGUCCGUCUCCCUGUCUACGACACCUGGAUCCGCUAUUUCUUCUACUGAGGUCACUGGAGUCUCCUCUGACAGUACCCUUACCACCGGUGGCCCAAGUGCUACAGGAGUUGAGUCCUCCACUGGCCCUGAGUCGACUGGAAAUAGUGGCGAGUCCUCAAGUGGUGCCUCUUCAACUGGUGCCCAGCCAACUGGAAAUGGUGGCGAGUCUACAACUGGUGCCUCUUCAACUGGUGCCCAGCCAACUGGAAAUGGUGGUGAGUCUACAACUGGUGCCCAGUCUACUGGGAAUGGUAGCCAGUCUCAAACUGGUUCAAUUAUCACAGCCUCACCAUCUGUGACGACUGCUACCUCUGUUACAACACCCCCGACUAUCACCACCAUCAUUGUCACGUCGUACACUGACAUUUGCCCCACUGGUUUCACCACCAUUACUACAACUAUCACCACUACCAUUUGUCCGGAAGCCACUGCAGGUGUGACCAAUCCUCCUUCUGGAUCAGCAUCAACUACGCCCUCUAUCCCUGAAGGCUGGACUACUACCGUCAAGGUCUGUGGUAACUGCGCGCCGACGCCUACUACCGUCACUUUGACCCUACCAAACCCCGUUCAAACGACCGAGGUGGCCGUGGAGACUUCCCCUGUUCUCGUGACUACUGAAACAUGGACCACAACGGUUACUUUCUGCAAACAUUGCGGUGUUACCGGAUCAUCGGUUACAUUGACCGUCCCUUACACCACGGUCAUCUCCGCCGCGACGACUGUGGUGACUCCAGGUGCUUCACCUGAGCAAGGUGAACUGACCAUCUCAGGUGGUUUGCCUCAAACCACUUUGGGCAACUAUCAGGCAGCGGUGCCUAGUCACAGACCUUCGUCAUCUUGGAGCCGCAUUAGUGGAGGGCUGCACUCACCCAGCCAAACACCUACUUUCAAGGUUCAUGUCUCAACAACAAUGACAGUCCAAAACCCUGCCCCAACCGGCAGUGGCGAAGGUGUGUCAGCGGAAUUCAACGCGGCUACGUCUCAGUCUGGCCUCGUGAGCCUUUUCAGCGUUUCGCUCGCCGCUGUGCUUUCCAUCUGCCUUCUGAUUUGA